AUGACGUUCCUCCGGAAGCUUAGGAGCCGGACAGCUGCUUUUCUGCCUCUCUCCCUGCUCUUUUUGAAGAUUCUGCAACCAGGGUACAGCCACCUUUAUAGCAACCGCUACGCUGGUGAUAAGGUGAUCAGACUUACUCCCAGUACAGAAGAAGAAGCAAAUGCACUGAAGAAAAUGUACCACCAACUUAAGGUGGACCUGUGGCAUCCCAGCAGUAUCUUCCAUGUAUCAAAAGGAGCAGUUACUGAUGUUCAUAUUCCCAAAAAUGGUUCCCAAGUCCUGUUAGCCUUCUUACAGGAAGCCAACAUCCAGUACAAGAUCCUUAUAGAAGAUCUUCAGAAAACACUGGAAAAGGCAAGCAGUUUGCGAACCCAGAGAAAUCGAAGAUACCUUUCUGGAUAUAAUUAUGAAGUUUAUCACUCCUUAGAAGAAAUUCAAAAUUGGAUGCAUCAUCUGAAUAAAACUCAUUCAGGCCUCAUUCAUGUGUUCUCUAUUGGAAAAUCAUAUGAGGGAAGGUCUCUUUUUGUUUUAAAGCUGGGCAGAAGAUCACGAACUUACAAAAGAGCUGUCUGGAUAGACUGUGGUAUUCAUGCAAGAGAAUGGAUUGGUCCUGCCUUUUGUCAGUGGUUUGUAAAAGAAGCUCUUCUAACAUAUAGGAGUGACCCAAUCAUGAGAAAAAUGUUGAAUCAUCUGUAUUUCUAUAUCAUGCCUGUAUUUAACGUUGAUGGAUACCACUUUAGCUGGACCAGUGAUCGAUUUUGGAGAAAAACAAGGUCAAGGAACUCAAGGUUUCGCUGCCGUGGAGUUGAUGCCAAUCGUAACUGGAAAGUGAAAUGGUGCGAUGAAGGAGCUUCUAUGCACCCUUGCGAUGAUACCUACUGUGGACCUUUCCCAGAAUCUGAGCCGGAAGUGAAAGCUGUAGCCACCUUCCUCCGAAAACACAGGAAGCACAUUAGGGCUUACCUCUCCUUUCAUGCAUAUGCUCAGAUGUUGCUAUAUCCCUAUUCUUACAAAUAUGCAACAAUCCCCAAUUUCAGCUGUGUGGAAUCUGCAGCUUAUAAAGCUGUGAAUGCACUUCGGUCGGUAUAUGGGGUACAAUAUAGAUAUGGACCUGCCUCCAGCACAUUGUAUGUGAGCUCUGGUAGCUCAAUGGAUUGGGCCUACAAAAAUGGAAUACCCUACACAUUUGCUUUUGAACUUCGUGACACUGGACAUUUUGGAUUUUUACUCCCAGAGAUGCUCAUCAAACCGACCUGUACAGAGACCAUGCUGGCUGUGAAGAACAUCACAAUACACCUACUAAAGGAAUGUCCCUGAGACAGCCCAAGGGUCAGGGCAACCACCAGAGAGAGAGCUAAUUCUGUGCAAGAGCCACCCGGCAGUGGGGGAAAUUUUAUUUUAAAGAGAAGAGCAAUUUCUUAGAAUGAACAUAUCUGUGCACUUUAAAAGGACCAACUCAUGCAAUUCACAUUUCUGUGGCAAUAAAAAAUUGGUAAAAAAAAAAAAA